AUGGCAACCCAAAUGGUAGAUAUAGAGGCUCAAUCAUCAGCUCAAACCUCAUCCCCUCCAUCAAUCUUCAACAAAGUCGAUCAUCCGGUUACACUAAAGUUUCAAGAAGUGGUUUACACCAUCAAAAACAAGAAACAAGGAUGGAUAAAAAGAAAGAAAAACCACGAGCCUACAGAGAAACAUAUACUCAAAGGAAUAACCGGCAUGGUGUUGCCCGGAGAAAUGUUAGCCAUGUUAGGGCCAUCCGGAUGUGGAAAAACUACCCUUUUAACCGCAUUAGGUGGCCGCCUAGGUGGCAAGCUAGACGGGACCAUCACCUACAAUGGCAAACCGUUUUCAAGUAUCAUGAAGCGGUACACCGGUUUUGUCACUCAAGAUGACAUUCUAUAUCCUCAUUUAACAGUCACCGAAACCCUUGUUUUCAUUGCCUUACUCCGCUUGCCUAAAAAGCUCACAACUCAAGAAAAGAUCACGCAUGCGGAAGCGGUGAUCGACCAACUUAGGUUAACAAGAUGCAAGAAUAUUAUCAUCGGUGGGCCGAAUUUAAGAGGGGUGUCGGGUGGAGAGAGAAAAAGAGUUAGUAUCGGGCAAGAAAUGCUUAUAAACCCUAGUUUGUUGUUCUUGGAUGAGCCAACAUCUGGGCUUGAUUCAACAACUGCUCAAAGGAUUGCUUUGACUUUAUGGGAGUUAGCAAGAGGCGGAAGAACAAUUGUUAUGACGAUUCAUCAACCUUCAAGUAGGCUUUUUUACAUGUUUCAUAAGGUGUUGUUGUUAUCGGAAGGGAAUUCGUUGUUUUUUGGUAAAGGAUCGGAAGUUAUGGAUUAUUUUAACAGUAUUGGAUUUUCGCCAUCGGUCGCCAUGAAUCCUUCCGACUUUUUGCUAGAUCUUGCAAAUGGUACCUCUUCAGCGAAGGGGAAGGAGCUGGCGCGGUAGCGGCACAUCAUACGCACACUCUUUGUUUUCCACACUAUGAGUUAUUCUGGGAUUUGUACUCUAACAUUAUUAUGUUUUUACGAUUCGGUUUUCAGAUACGAGACAUGAUUUUAUUAAAUGAUAUGAUCGAUUGAUAUUUUGA